GUAGAGAGGGAAGAGAGAAAAUGAAGCAGGCGCUGGGGGAGCCCGAGAUAGUGUGGCCGGCGGGGAAGAGAAGCAGGUUCGGCUGCUGCUUUCCUGCACUCCGGGCGUGAACGCCCUCUUCUCCGUCACCCCAGUAAAUAAGGGGGUGUCGCCUGAACUGAACAUCAAGAGAAAAGAAGCCAGCCAAGUGAGAGCGCGGAUCCUCUGUCACUGCCGCCCCCUUGUAAAAACCCGGAGACUUAUUGCGGGGCCAGACGCUGCGCCCCAGGCGCCCUGCAGAUGGGGUGGGCAGGGACCCGGAGUCCAAGCCGCGAGUGACCCGCGCUGGUCCGCCGGCCUGCCGCGCGUGAGGAGGAUGCUAGGCGGAGGAGCCCGAGAACCGCAUCCGACACAGCCGGGCGUCCGUUAGGCUGCAACUUGGAAUGCCUAGGGAUCAGUCUGGCUCUUGCCACCGCUUCUCUGUGUCUAGGGGAGCUACGCACAGGACUUGAAGGCGGAGACCUCAGGCGGCGGAGACCUCCGGCGGCGGCUGCAGAGGGGUGAGCCGGGCGCAGGAGGGGGCGCGCUUUCUCCCUGCGGGUCUCAGUAAUGAGGAGACUGAGUUUGUGGUGGCUGCUGAGCAGGGUCUGUCUGCUGCUGCCGCCGCCCUGCGCACUAGUGCUGGCCGGGGUGCCCAGCUCCUCCUCGCACCCGCAACCCUGCCAGAUCCUCAAGCGCAUCGGACACGCGGUGAGGGUGGGCGCGGUGCACUUGCAGCCCUGGACCACGGCCCCACGGUCAACCAACCGCGCUCAGGACAGCGGCAGGGCGGGUGCCCAGAGGGAUGAGCCAGAGUCGGGGACGUGGCGGCCACCGGCGCCCUCGCAAGGCGCACGCUGGUUGGGGAGCGCCCUGCAUGGCCGGGGUCCGCCUGGCUCCCGGAAGCUCGGGGAGGGCGCCGGGGUCGAGACCCUGUGGCCACGGGAUGCCCUCCUGUUCGCUGUGGACAACCUGAACCGUGUGGAAGGACUACUACCCUACAACCUGUCUUUGGAAGUAGUGAUGGCCAUCGAGGCGGGCCUGGGCGAUCUGCCACUUAUGCCCUUCUCUUCCCCAAGCUCACCGUGGAGCAGUGACCCUUUCUCCUUUCUGCAAAGCGUCUGCCACACCGUAGUGGUACAAGGGGUUUCGGCGCUGCUGGCCUUCCCCCAGAGCCAGGGCGAGAUGAUGGAGCUAGACUUGGUCAGCUCUGUCCUGCACAUCCCAGUGCUCAGCAUAGUGCGCCACGAGUUUCCGCGGGAGAGUCAGAAUCCCCUGCAUCUACAACUGAGUUUAGAAAACUCAUUAAGUUCUGAUGCUGAUGUCACUGUCUCAAUCCUGGCCAUGAACAACUGGUACAAUUUUAGCUUGUUGCUAUGCCAGGAAGACUGGAAUAUCACCGAGUUCCUCCUCCUUACCGAGAAUAACUCCAAGUUCAACCUUGGAUCUAUCAUCAACAUCACUGCUAACCUGUCCUCCACCAAGGACCUCCUAAGUUUCCUGCAGGUCCAACUGGAGAGCAUUAAGAACAGCACACCCACGAUGGUAAUGUUUGGCUGCGACAUGGAGAGUGUCCGGCAGAUUUUUGAAAUUUCCAACCAGUUUGGUCUAUCACCUCCUGAGCUCCACUGGGUUCUAGGAGACUCCCAGAAUGUGGAGGAACUAAGGACAGAAGGCCUGCCUUUAGGGCUCAUUGCUCAUGGAAAAACAACACAGUCCAUCUUUGAGUACUAUGUUCAGGAUGCCAUGGAGUUGGUUGCAAGAGCUGUAGCCACAGCCACCAUGAUCCAGCCAGAACUUGCUCUCCUUCCCAGUACGAUGAACUGCAUGGAUGUGAAAACCACAAAUCUGACUUCUGGACAAUAUUUAUCAAGGUUUUUAGCCAACACCACUUUCAGAGGUCUCAGUGGUUCCAUCAAAGUAAAAGGGUCUACCAUCAUCAGCUCGGAAAACAAUUUUUUCAUCUGGACUUUGCAGCAUGACCCUAUGGAAAAGCCAAUGUGGACUCGCCUGGGCAGCUGGCAAGGGGGAAGGAUUGUCAUGGACUCUGGAAUAUGGCCAGAGCAGGCCCAGAGGCACAAAACCCACUACCAGCACCAAAAUAAGCUACACUUGAGAGUGGUGACCUUGAUUGAACACCCAUUCGUCUUCACAAGAGAAGUAGAUGAUGAAGGCUUAUGCCCUGCAGGACAACUCUGUCUAGACCCUAUGACUAAUGAUUCUUCCAUAUUGGACAGCCUGUUUAGCAGCCUCCAUAGCAGUAACGACACUGUGCCCAUCGAAUUCAAGAAGUGCUGCUAUGGGUAUUGCAUUGAUCUGCUGGAACAGCUAGCAGAGGACAUGAACUUUGACUUUGACCUCUACAUUGUAGGGGAUGGAAAGUACGGAGCUUGGAAAAAUGGUCAUUGGACUGGGUUGGUUGGCGAUCUCCUGAGUGGAACGGCCAACAUGGCGGUCACUUCUUUCAGCAUCAAUACUGCACGAAGCCAGGUGAUAGAUUUCACCAGCCCUUUCUUCUCAACCAGUUUGGGAAUCUUAGUGAGGACUCGAGACACGGCAGCUCCAAUUGGAGCCUUCAUGUGGCCACUGCACUGGACCAUGUGGCUGGGGAUUUUCGUAGCUCUGCAUAUCACUGCCAUCUUUCUCACGUUGUAUGAAUGGAAGAGCCCCUUCGGUAUGACCCCUAAGGGGCGGAAUAGAAACAAAGUCUUCUCCUUCUCUUCUGCCUUGAAUGUCUGCUAUGCCCUUCUGUUUGGCAGAACAGCAGCCAUCAAACCCCCCAAAUGCUGGACUGGAAGAUUUCUGAUGAAUCUUUGGGCCAUUUUCUGUAUGUUUUGCCUUUCCACAUACACGGCGAACUUGGCUGCUGUCAUGGUAGGUGAGAAGAUCUAUGAAGAGCUUUCUGGGAUUCAUGACCCUAAGCUCCAUCAUCCUUCUCAAGGCUUCCGUUUUGGAACUGUCCGGGAAAGCAGUGCUGAGGACUACGUGCGGCAGAGCUUCCCAGAGAUGCAUGAGUACAUGAGAAGGUACAACGUACCCGCCACCCCUGACGGAGUGCAGUAUCUGAAGAACGAUCCAGAGAAACUAGAUGCCUUCAUCAUGGACAAAGCCCUUCUGGAUUAUGAAGUGUCAAUAGAUGCCGACUGCAAGCUUCUGACUGUGGGGAAGCCAUUUGCCAUCGAAGGAUACGGCAUUGGUCUCCCUCCCAACUCUCCACUGACGUCUAACAUAUCUGAGCUCAUCAGUCAAUACAAGUCUCACGGGUUUAUGGAUGUGCUACACGACAAGUGGUACAAGGUGGUUCCCUGCGGGAAAAGAAGUUUUGCUGUCACUGAGACUUUGCAAAUGGGCAUCAAGCAUUUCUCGGGCCUCUUCGUGCUGCUCUGCAUCGGAUUUGGUCUCUCCAUCUUGACAACCAUCGGUGAACACAUAGUGUACAGACUGCUGCUACCACGAAUCAAAAACAAAUCUAAACUGCAAUACUGGCUGCACACCAGUCAGAGAUUGCACAGGGCAUUAAACACAUCAUUUGUAGAAGAAAAGCAGCCACGUUUCAAGACAAAGCGUGUGGAAAAGAGGUCCAACAUGGGACCCCAGCAGCUCAUGGUGUGGAAUACUUCUAAUCUGAGUCACGACAACCAACGGAAAUACACCUUUAGUGACGAGGAAGGACAAAACCAGAUGGGAACCCAGACCCACCAGGACAUCCCUCUCCCUCCAAGGAGAAGAGAGCUCCCUGCCUCACUGACCACCAACGGGAAAGCAGACUCCCUCAAUGUCGCUCGGAACUCGGUGAUGCAGGAACUCUCCGAGUUGGAGAAGCAGAUCCAAGUGAUCCGCCAGGAGCUGCAGUUGGCUGUAAGCAGGAAAACAGAGCUGGAGGAGUACCAAAGGACAAACCGGACUUGCGAAUCCUAGGCAGUACCACUGCUAGCGUUUUCUCAGCCCUUGGUUUUCGGAAGCCCUCAAGGCACUUUGUAAAGCUCUUUUGUAUGGACUGACAACGGUGUGGGGUCUGGUAAUGGGUUCUCGGCCUCACAUGCCCCCCAGGUCUCCAGGGUAGGAAUCUUUUCCAUAGUAGGAACCUAGAGUUAGUCAGGGCUAAAGUCUGUACCCGGGAUCGGUGAGCAGCCAGAGAACUCUGGCUCCUGUCAGCCUUUUCACCUGGUGCCACAGUAAUCUUUCCGGUUUUUAGCCCUCUCUCUGAACUUCAACAAGAGAUAAAAAUUGUUGCGCAUACCUGUGUCUUACUGGGUUGGUUUUUGAUAUUAUUACAAAAUAGAAUUGCCCAGGUUUGCAGGUUUGAUACAACUUCUCAAUCUAGAUUUGAUUUACCUUCUGAAAAAGCAAGUUAGGAGCCAGGAAAACUGGGGCAGAGCAGAUACAUUAAUUUAAAAAAAAAAUUGAACAGAGCUCAGAAUUACAAGCAAGGGAUGACUGGCUAAGGUAGCACCACGUGCUCGAGCAGUUCUGGAUCUCUGAGCCCAUGACAGCUAACAUUUAGUAGAAACAUGUUGACACACCGCUCUGAAAGAGAAAGGGAAGCAGGGAGUGGGAGCAGGGGGCAGGCAGAUGGGGAAUUAACAAUGCCCAAGGUGUGUUUAAAAUAAAGCUCUGGGCCAGAAGGGCAAUUUGGCUAAAGAAUGUGUUGCACUAUACUUCUAACGUAACUAAGCAUCCCCACUAUAGUGUGUGCCUUUUAUAAAGGAGAGAGAAGCAGAGCAAGGCUAUAUCCUUAACAGGAACCUGUGCUACCCCCUAGUUAAAGCCUGUGACAGGGUCCGGGAGCCUUCACUCUUAAAGGAAAUAUUCUGCACACCACAUGGGAAGCUGUUUUCAGAUCAGUGGUCACCUCUCUUAGCCUGAGGAACUCCAGAAGCCACAAGGGGUUUGUGAACAUCACAAAAGCCAAAUACUGGAGUCUGCUCUGAUUCAGCAUCUCCCAUCCUUACACUUUCUGGUCUCUUGUGAACUAAGGUCAGUUUGAGUCCAAUUAUCCUCCUGCCUCCAUAUAAUGCCCUCACGAGUGGAUAUAAUUAACCUAGCAUCCCCUCUGCUUAGGCAUCACUUUUUAGUCAGAUGCUUGCUUGGCAUGCAGAAAGCGAAGAACCAUGAGAUCUCUAGACUUCCUAUCCGUUCCCAAAUGGUAGCCAGGCAAUCAUCUAAGGCUCAUCAGACUGCCAAUUGCCAGGAGUUACGUUGGGAGGGUGUACGGGUGGGCCAGUGCCCCAGAACACAGUCCUAAAGCUCCUCUCAGAGAAUCACUGCUCCGGAAGCGUGGCUACCUCUAGCACACGAGAAGGAAGAGCCUGUCUCUUUUUCUUUUACUUACUGAUGGUUUCCACAUUCCCAUCUUAACACCAGGCUUCUAUUUAGAAGUAGACUUUCCUGUUGGUCAGUGCUGCUUCAUCGUCUCUGGACUUGCUUGCUCAGUUAAAGUCUACAAUGAAUGCACAAUAUUGUGCCAAAAAAGUGUUCAGAUCCUUAAAUGGGGCUUCCGUCAUAAAACUUCUCCCACUUUGGGACACAAUGCCUGUGCUCCACCAAGAGCUACAUAGAUCCCUAGAUGAAGAUAGUGCCCUAUGUUGUAAUCAGAACACACCUGAGCAAUGAACUCAAUGGCUAGGUAAACCCAGGAGUGCAAGGAAGCUCAGAUAUUCAAGAGGCAGGGGCGCUGUAAAAGCAGAUGGUAGCCUCGAAGAUUAAACAUUCCAAAUGAGGGGGAAAUAUGCCCGGAAACAGAAGAGGACAACAUGCUUUACAAUGCCCUCAUUCCCUCCUGUACUCUCCCCCCAGCAGGCCUCAGCUGUUUGGCAGGUUCCAUCCCUCAGCCAUUCCCACCUGUUAAUGCCCUGGGGCCACUGCUCUGAGCAUCCCUGAUACUUGCUCAGCCUGCAAGGCUGAUGCACAGUGUACCUCAGUUCACAUGACAACCAUGCUCCUGUGGUACACAGACAUUUGUGCAGAACUCAUAUUCUGACUGUAUUUGAGAGGUUGGCUAUGUAAGGGAACACAGAGGUGAAUUCUUUUGUAAAGAAUCCUUUUGUAAUGCAACCAAUUCUCCCUUAAUGUAUCUGUUUUGUAAGUUUGGAUUUUUGUAUAUCUGCUUUCUCUUACGCUUCUCUACUGAGGCAUUCUGAGUAGUGGUGAUCGCAUUGCAGAGCAUCCUGCCUGCCCACAGAGCAGAGAACCAGUGCACUUGGCCAGGAACGUGGCCAGGAUGCAACAAGGAGCAACAAGAGUAAAGGAGGCUUACUGCUGUCAGCACUGCUUAAAAUGCUUUCGAUGUCCUGGGUGAAGAAAACACAUAAUUGCUUGUGAAGCAGUUUUCAUGAUAAAUAGCAAAAUUUUUAAUGGUAGUAAUUUGAAGUGUUUUGCAAUCUGUGAAACAGUGCUGUGUUUUGUACAAAGAUUUCACGAAAGGGAGAGUCCUUCCAAACCUUCCUUCUGCUCUGCCUCCCUCAGUUCCCUCACCUACUCCUGGGGCUCACAGAGGAAAGCUUUCAGGGGCACGGCUGUUGGAAUGAGCUGGGGGCUUCAGCCUUGCCUCCUGAACUCCCAUGUCAUGAGAUCAGGAGAUCCUCUUUUCCCAUCCAGGCUCUUGAACUGGAAAACCUGGAAUAUGGUCAACUGCCCCACAUUUCAAGGGGUUGUUGCCCAUUCUCCAAGGUGGCCUGGCACACUAAGCAUGACUGGCUAUAAGCUGGUUUGUUUGACUAAGGGUUCCACAGUGCAUCUGCCACAAGAGAGUGCUCCUCCAACAAUGAAAACAAGUUAGAGCAGCUGGGACAGCCAAGGAGACAGCCACACAAACCUAAGAAGGUAGGGUCUGUAGUGUACCAGGAUUUCCUAUUAUACAUAAGAUCUGCACAAACCCUAUUCAGGAAUGGCUGCUUCCCUUCCUGCUGAGAAAUGGUACGUGGAGCCAUGCAGACCAGAAAUGCAUCAUUGGGAUAACUCCUCUCUUUGGUGUUGGAUCUGCUAGAGCCUUGGGGCAUAGCUGAGCACCCCUUUGCGUGGACCAAGAAAGGAAAAGAAGCUACUUUACAGUUUCUUCUCCUCUCGU